CAACAACAGAUUGACCAAAGUGAACAAGAAAGAGAGAGAGAGAGAGAAAUAAUGGAAAUGUCCAACAAUUCGAAUAGCUAUGUGCACAAGAAGUUUGCGGCCCACAAGCGUAAACGAGAUGUGGAUCAGAUAUUGGAGCAGAACAAGGAGAACAUUACGCUAGGGGCGCCGGCCUGCAAACGCCGCCAGACGAAGGGCUUCUUCCGCCCCUGGCUGGACAGCGAGCAGAACAUCGAGGCAGCCUCCACAACUCAGACAGCCACAGGCGUUGCUCCGCAAAAGCCCAGUGCUCCAGCAGCUCUGGCCGGCACAUAUCACGCCAACAUGGUGCGCCGCACCCAGACACCGCGGCAGCGCAGUCCCAAGGAGCAGCAGCGACGCGACCGCAACACCUUGGCCUGUCUGCUGAGUCGGCGGGCCAAACAGGCGCAGGAUGCGCACUUAACGCAGCAAUACGAGCAAUAUCGUGCGCAGCAGGUCGCCAUAAUGGAGCAACAGGUCCGCUUCGGUCUCUACUAUCGCCAGCUGCUGCAGCAGGCGAUCUUCCAGAAAGGCGUCACGGCCACGGGCAUCCAGCUGCCGCAGCAACAACAACAGUUCCUACAGCAAAUGGCGCUAUCGCAACAGCUCCUGAUCUUUGGAUCCCAGCAGUGAUGCAUGGAUCACCUAUUAUCUAAUAAUCGAAUCUAUUAUCUAAGAUAGCCAUUGAAUGUGAUUUAGUUGCCUAAGUAUUAAUUUAUUCAUUGUUGACUUUAAAAUUAAAACCAAAAAU